CCAAAAGAGAGUGCCAAAUAAUCAUCAAGAAAAGGCACUUGCAAGUACGUCUGUGAUCUUGUGACCAGCUUAAGUAUCCGUUGCACUUGGAGGCAUUGUAAUUGGUGGUGCACUUUUGUCCAUAACAUCGUAUCAUUCUGAAGUCAGCAUUUGCACUUAGAAAGCGGCGGCAAGUGCAAUUCAACUUCUAGAGGUUGAACAACGGAGUUGACGACAUAGCCUGGACAGGGUUGAGCAAAAUCAACCAGGGGGCUUAUUAUGGUGGAAUCCAGCCCCCCUGGUGCGGAGAAGUUGGCAGAGUUCUUCCAGAGCACAGACCGCCAGAUCACACCAGAACUGACGGAGAUACUGGAGGUAGUGGCGACCACCGGAAAAGUCUGGCAUAACUGGGAGCCCCUGAGGGCGCUCCUUGCAGUGCGAAUGGACUCCGUGCUGGAGACGUAUAACAAGAGCAGGUUGGCAGUGGAUGUUGGGCCUCCACGACCGCUCUUAGGCGGGGAAUCGUUUGAGGGGCUGCAGGGACGCUUGCACGCACUGCUGGACGCGAUCACGGGCCCUCCGUUCACCAUCCAACGGCUGUGCGAAGUCCUGUUGUGGCCGCAUGAGACGUACACGUCAAUUGACAAACUCGCUUUGGCACUUGAAAAGCUGCUGAUGGUUACCCAGACGAUCCCCCUUUCUUCGGACGCGUACCCCCCCCUCCCGCUGCCCCCUCACCAGCCCCCCCCUCCGAGGAGACCCAACCCCCAACCCAUGCAGCCCCGCCUUUCCUUUGGCCAUCAACCGCACCCAGAAGCGAACCCCGACCAAAUCGAAGAACACGAGCUGAAUCUGCACCAAAACCACCAAUUGCAUCCGCACGGGGGAAAUCACCGAGGGGCGGAAGCGGAAACCGGCGGAAAAGCGGUGCCGAGCUUCCUCGAGGCGGACGGUACGCACCGGGAGGGGCCGGGGGAUCCCCCCGGGCACCUUGCAAAGUACUUUGACGGCGCGGGGGGCGAAAGGCGACCGGCGUUUCACGGCGCGAGUGGUCCGUUGCUCGAGAUGGGGACGACCGAGGGGGCGAGGAAACGGAGCUUCGAGGAGAGUUUAGGACAGGGGGAGGUGUUCCCGGGCCAAGCGGAAGCGAUCGAGGCGGUGCGCGAGGGGGGUUUCCACGUGGCCCAUCGUGCGGUCCUCGGAGAUGACGUCAGCCGGGCGCUAGCUGAGACGGGCUCGUUACCGAGCAACGCCCGCGAACCGAGCGACUUCGAAGCGCGUCCCACCGGCCCACAUGGCAAUGCUGUCGUCAGCAUGGACGAGGAAUCCCCCGUGGACGUCGUCGCGCUCCCCGCCGCUGAUGUAUUCGCGGCGUUGCCGGAGCCGUCGAUAGAGCCGAUGACACCGCCCGCAAUAAAAGACGUCCUGCGGGUAAGGAGUACUGUAGAGAUGGCAGUUGUGAAUGUGGAUAGAAGUAGUAAAGAAGGUCUCGUCCAGGAGGAAGUCUCACAACCCGUUGACUCGCAUGAGGCUUCGGCAAAUCGGGCAACGUCGGAAAUGGAUGGCACCAUAGAGCAUACGGGUAGUUGACUUUGACGGUGAUCGGAAAGUUGAACCUUGGAGGAACGAGGGCACAAUACUGUUAUCCGGUUCUGCCUAAGAUUUGCGGAGCAUUAAGUCAAUAAUUUCAUGAGCUGCGAUUGUCACCUGAGACUCCCUGCAAAGUGUUCCAAGUUCGAUCUCAA